GCUGGCGCGCGAAGCUGCUGCCAGGGAACGGUGAAGGAAGGGAGAGUAUUAGGGAAACGUGAGGGUGGGAAAAGAAGGGCGAUUCCCCUUUCGAGAAUCAACAGCAUCGGCGAAGGGCCCCCGUCACAUCUUUCGAACAAGAAGGUUUCGUGCAAAUGAGUGACCGUAUCGCACGCACCACGCAAGAAUUCAACGUCGAGGUGUAGCAUUUACAGGGGCCGGAGGUUGGUUCGAGGUGGGGGUGGGAGAGGAGAGGAGGGUCUCGCCCCUGUUCGCGCCCUGCAGUCGCGUGAUACGGAAUCCCUGCUGUUCUUUUCAACGGCCCUGUAGCCGCGAGUGCCUAUACGGUGGUGGAAGGAAUCUUGUGAGCGACAUUGGCCCCUUUUCUUUCUUUUGAGGCAACCUGGACGACGCGUGCGCAACGGCCGCAUCUAGGCUGGAGGACCAACGAUGGAGCGCAGAAGCGCAGUGAGCAGUCGCCGGCAUCCGCUCUGCUCUGCAAGAUGAACCCUCUGCCGACCUCGACAAUCUCUGAAACCUGAACUCUGUUCCGGAACCUGCCUUAGUGGUUCGUGGCAUCCGAGACAUCGGUCAAGCUCGACUGGACACCUGUUAACGUCACGAACGAGUGGACAAGAAGUGCUAUUCGCAUACCGGGAUUCUCAGCUCGGAUAAGAGUGUCCUUCGACGAGCUCUGUCUGCAGGGAUAAAGGGUCCUGCCCAACCUAACGGAUAAAUAGUUCGUCGUUGAUUCGUGUGUGGAACUAGGACUGAGACAAGUGAACAAGAACCUAGAACAUGGCCGACCAGUUAAUGUACAAACUGACCGGCUUCAUACAGAAAGCCAAGUCUUACAUGCCCGGCGCAUGCGGAGAGGACAACUCGGGAGAGCAGCUGCACUUCGCCAAGCAAGAAAAUGACACCGAACUCGCAAACUUCCAGGGUCUGGGCGCCGGGAGUGGAGAGGGCGGAGAGUUCGCCGAGACGACGCUGACCGAGGGCGUCAAUGGCCUGGGCCCUCAGAGGAGCGUCGACGUGGUCGACGAGUUCGGAGGCCGGGAAGGCGAGAAGAUCUCAGAGUGGCAGGCCGGAUGGAACGUCACCAACGCCAUCCAAGGUAUGUUCAUCGUGAGCCUGCCUUACUCGGUACUCCACGGCGGCUACUGGGGCAUCUUCGCGCUCGUCUUCGUCGCCUACAUGUGCUGCCACACGGGCAAGAUACUCGUGGACUGCCUGUACGAGCCGAACGAGCGCGGCGAGCUCGUCCGUGUCCGGGACAGCUACGUGGCCGUGGCCCAGACGGUGCUGGGCCCGCGGUGGGGCGGCAAGGCCGUCAACAUCGCCCAGAUCAUCGAACUGCUCAUGACCUGCAUCCUGUACGUGGUGCUCUGCGGAGACCUCAUGAUCGGCUCCUUCCCCGAGGGAGCCGUCGACCAGCGCUCCUGGAUCAUGCUCACCACCAUCAUCCUCCUUCCGUGCGCCUUCCUCAAGAACCUGCGCUCCGUGUCGAUGCUGAGCUUCUGGUGCACCGUCACUCACCUCUGCAUCAACGUCAUCAUCCUCGGCUACUGCCUGGGCCGAGCCUCGGAGUGGGCCUGGGCCAAGGUCCAGUUCCGCAUCAACAUCAACAAGUUCCCGGUCACCAUGGGCAUCGUCGUGUUCAGCUACACGUCGCAGAUCUUCUUGCCUACCCUGGAAGGAAACCUGACGGACAAAACCAAAUUCCAUUGCAUGCUCAACUGGAGCCACAUCGCGGCCGCCGUCUUCAAGGCGCUGUUCGCCUACGUCUGCUUCCUGACGUUCGCCGAGGAGACCCAGGAGGUGAUCACCAACAACCUCCCCACCAAGGGCUUCAAGAUCGUCGUCAACCUGAUCCUGGUAGCCAAGGCGCUCUUCUCCUACCCUCUGCCCUAUUUCGCCGCCUCGGCCCUGAUCGAGCACGCCUACUUCAGGGAGCGACCGAAGACCCUGUUCCCGUCCUGCUACGCCAUCGACGGCGAGCUGCGGGUGUGGGGACUGGCCCUGCGGGUGGGGCUGGUCAUUUUCACCAUGCUCCUGGCCAUAUCCAUACCCUACUUCGCCCUGCUCAUGGGUCUGAUUGGGAGCUUCACCGGCACCAUGCUGUCCUUCAUCUGGCCCUGCUACUUCCACAUGAAGCUGAAGUGGGACACCAUGGAGUGGUACUCCAUCAGCUGGGAGGUGUUCAUCAUGUGCUUCGGGGGCUUCUCGGGGCUCGUCGGCAUCUACACCUCGUUCGCGGGUCUCGUGGAGGCCUACCACCUUCCGCUGCCUCACGUGCCGGUCAUAGAGUCUUAGAACGUGCCUCGUUACUCUAAUCUCGCGCCAGCGCAGCGAUUUUU